AUGCUGGCGAGAUCAGAUCUCGACAGGGCCUGGUGCCGGCCAGGGUGCUCCGAGACACCAGAGCAGCGGAACGGGACACCACAGCGUCGGCCGCAAGGCGACAAGCCGUGGUCCGCGAGCUUAUCGAGACAGAAGAGGAAUUCGGUCGAGACAUCCAACAAGUUGUCUCCCAGUACAUGCGACCUAUGGACAAAGCGACCACACCCAAACCAGUAUUCGACAAUAGGGAGCUGCUGUUCUCCAACUUUAGGCAGAUUGCUGAGUUCCAUAAUACGAUACUCCUAGAAGGCAUCAAAUACUACGCGAGCGAGCCGCGCAUGCUCGGCCGAGCGCUCCUGCGCAUGGAGCGGGAAUUCGACAAGCACGUCGCGUACUGUCGCGAUGAGCCGCGAGCGCAGCAUCUGCUCGCGAACGAUCCUGAGGUGGCCAAGUACUUCCAGGAUCUAGCUGACGACCUCGGUGACGACAAGGGCAUUACCGAGCAUCUGAAGCUACCUAUACAGCGGAUCAACGACUACCAGCUUCUUCUUAAGGAGCUAGUGAAAUACUCCAAACGCCUCGGCGAAGAUUGCACGGAUCUCCAGAAAGCUCUAGAACUCUUCCUUGGUGUUCCCAACCGCGCCACCGACAAUAAAUUUAUUGCGAGCAUCGAAGGUUACCGUGGUAAUAUCUUCAAGCUUGGCCGGCUUCUCACCCACGACUGGUUCACCGUCACCGACUCCGACGGCAAGCAUAAAGAGCGCUACCUCUUCCUUUUUAAGGCUAGGAUCCUCAUCUGCAAAGUCAAGAGAGUCUCGGAUGAUAGAUCUGUGUUCGUGCUUAAGGAUAUUGUCAAGCUACCGGAAGUCGAGGUAGACGACCUUUCAACUGAACCGCUCAAAUUUAAGCUGCACCAGAAAUCGCCCCCGCUCUCCGUGACUUUAUCGGCCCACAAAGAACAGGUCAAGCACAACUGGCUGAAGGAGAUCUUGCAGAAUAUCAGCGACGUCGUUGCAUUAGCCGAGCACGCGGCUGACGACUUACAACUAUUAACACCAGAAGCAGCUACUCCAGCAGAAGUAGCUUCUCCGGAAGCAGCUUCCCCACAAGCGGUUUCUCCAGAGCCAGCAGAAGAGAAGAAGAAAAAGCGAGAGCACGCUAAAGACGCCAAAGCAGCUGAGGUCCAAGAAAAACGAUCCAAAGUUGAAGCUGAAAAGCAGAAGGUUGAAGAUAUAGAAGUUGAAGAAGUCCUCACAAGAGAACAAUCUCUGCAACAACUAAAAUCCAAGAGAAAGGCAUCUUUAGAAAGCGAGGUAGCCAAAAAACUUUCAAAGACCGAAACCAGUGAACUCCUCAGUGAAGUACAAGAAAUCACCAGCGCACAAAGUGAACUCACAUCAGGUUUAGAAACUAAAUCAUCUGUGAGCCACGAAAGUUCUAAAGUUAGUGAGUCAGUCAAAGCUGCUAAGAAGGCGGGUAAGGCAGAGAUUAUAGAAGAAAGUGUUGAAUCAUCAGUCACUUCGAAAUCGUCUGUACGCGUGACAUCACUUGAAGAGAGUUCACACGAAACUUUAGUUCAAAGUUCAACUGUUCACUCUUCAUACGAGGCGAGCUCUGAGAAGCAAUCUGCUCAAUCAUCAUCUGUCGAACAAAAAUCAUCAGUUUCGUCAGUAGAAGCUUCCAGAGUCGACCAGACGUCAUCAGAGGCUACUGUUGUCGAAAGAAAAUCUUCACUCACCUCUGCGUCACAAAAAACUUCAGAAAGGUCUGCUGCUGAGCGAAAAUCAUCGCAGGAAUCAGUAGUUUCUGCUGAACGCAAAUCAUCACAAGAAUCAGUAGUUUCCGCUGAGCGAAGAUCCUCACAAGAAUCGGUUGUCGAAAAACACUCGGCGCAAGCUAGCGUUGAGAAAACAUCAUUACAAGCGACCACAGAUGAACAAAAAACAACAUCAUCUAGUCAUCUAGUUAAGAAAUCUGUAAUAUCAUCAAAGCAAAAAUCACAAGAAUCCGUCCAAAAAACUUCUGCACAAUCUGAAGAAAAAUCAGAAGAGAAAACUGUUCGAGGUAGUGUACAAGAAGGAGCUACUGUAGAGAGUAAGAGAGAGGUAAGACAAUCCGAACAAAGAUCUGAAGAGAAAACUGCCGCUCAAGAGAGUGUAAAAGAAGGAGCUACCGUUGAGAGUAAGGCAGAAGUAAACGCCACCGGUGGCGUUACUAUUACUGAAGAAGGCAACGCAAACGGUCAAACUGUAGAAGAAGACGAAAUGUCGAGAUAUACCCGCAGUUCGCGGCUGUCUGGAGAAUACUCCAGCAGCUCCCGCAAGCUAUCAAGUGGAGGUCGCUACGAAUCCUCCUCCCACGAGAGCUCCGGCUACUCUCGUCGCGAAAGCGGCUCCAUUGAAGGCAGCACCCGCUACGAGUCUUCCAAGUAUUCCAGCUCCAUUGAAGGAAGCAAAUAUGGCGUCGAAGGAAGCAAAACCAGCUCCAUUGAAGGAAGCAAAUAUGGCGCCGAAGGAAGCAAAUAUGGCGCCGAAGGAAGCAAAUAUGGCGCAGAAGGAAGAAAAUAUAGCGUCGAAGGAAGCAAAUAUAGCGUAGAAGGAAGCAAAUAUAGCGUCGAAGGAAGCAAAUAUGAAAUCGAGUCUGAGUCCACCAGCAAACUCGACAGCAUCGCUGCCAAAUACGGCCUAGGCAAUGGCAGCAGCAGGACUGAAACUUCCAUCGAGUCCAGCUACGAAACCGCCAGAAACGGCGAAAGCAAAUACUCCAAGAUCGCCAAUGGCAGCAUAAGCACCGGGGAAUUCCAGUCAACCAGGGUAAUCAAGUCCGAAUCUCAGGACGGAAAACCGGUAUUUACCAAGACUUUGGAAGGCCAGAAUAUUGAGCCCGGCGAAAAUGCCUCCUUCGAAUGCUCGCUCCGUUCUUCCGAAGCCGUCAAAAUCACUUGGCUAAAAGACAACAAGCCUCUGACGGACCGCCUCAUGGACCGAGUCAACGUCACUAAUGAAGCCCACGACCAUAAGCUGGAGAUUCUGCAUUGUAUGGAAGAUGAUUCGGGGACGUAUACUGCGAGGGCGGAAAACGAUAAGGGAAACUCGCAUUGCACGGCGCAGUUGGUCGUCUCUCAGUUGACAGAUGAGGAACGCAGAGAGCGCAACGCUCUGAAUGCUCCGUACUUCAUCGUGGCACUGAAAGACACUGAGAUCAUGGAGAACACGUAUCUGCGGUUCAUGGUCAAGGUCAAGGGAGACCCCAACCCGGAAGUCAAGUUCUUCCGCGACGGCAAAGAAAUCAAGUCAACUUCGGAUUCCGACCGCGUCUCCAUCAUCCGCACCCGCGCUGAGAAGGGAUUCUUCGAACUGGUCAUCGCUGACGUCGUCCCUUCAGAUGCUGGCGUCUACUCCUGCCGGGCUAUGAACAUUUAUGGCGAAUGCUCUACUGAGGCCAAAGUUACUGUCGUUGAUGACAAGAACAUCUUUUUCGAACUGGCGCCAGGUGGUGAAGGGCUUCUGACCAAAGGAGAGAAACCGAGCUUCACAUGGAAGCGAGACGGAGUGGAUUUCGAUCCUGAAGAGAGAUUCAAGGUGUUGCUGGGAGACGACGAGGACUCUCUCGCACUGGUAUUCCAGCACGUGAAACCAGAAGACGCUGGACUUUACACCUGCGUAGCCAAGACCUCUACUGGCAACAUCUCUUGUUCCGCUGAGCUUACAGUCCAGGGUGCCGUGACCGUGCUCCACCGUGAGCCCGAGAAGCCUAAACUCGUGAUCGAACAUAAAGAGGCCAUCGUAUCCAUCGGAGCGUCCGCCAUGAUAGAGCUCACAUGCAAGGGCUAUCCCAAGCCUGAAAUCGUGUUCAAGAAGGAAGGAAUAGUCGUGGAAGCUGAUGCUAGGCACAAGUUCCUCUACGAAGACGAUGAGACGAUGUCCAUUGUGAUCAAGAACGUGACGAGCGAAGAUGCCGGCACGUACCACGUGACCGCCUCCAACGAGCUUGGAGAAGAUACUGCCACAUUGCACCUCGUCGUCAAGGGUGCGCCUAAGAUCAAGAAGAAGGUUGAGAAUCAGACUUGCUCGGUAUCUGCCACCCACACAGUGACCAUCGAAAUCGAAGGCACCCCGGCCCCAGAAGUGUCCUUCUACAAGGAUGGCGUGGAGAUCAAGAGCUCAGAGCGCAUCCAGAUCGUCAAGGUGUCUGAUGAGGUCUACACGAUCACCAUUAAGGAUACCAAGCUGACUGAUAGUGGCUCCUACUCCGUCGUUGCUAAGAACGAAGUGAACCAAUGCAGUGACUUCUGGCAAUGGCACAUCACAUCCGCACCCAAGAUCACCAAGAAACUUGGCGAGACCAAGACCUGUGACGAGAAGGAAACCGUUACCUUCAAAAUUGAGACCGAAGCUGAACCAGCGCCGGAAGUUAAAUGGUUCAAGAACAAAGAAGAACUGCAGGAGUCUUCAACUGUGAAGUUCUCAUCAUCAGGUUCGGCGCACAGUCUUGUGAUCACUUCGGCUGCCAGAUCCGAUUCUGCAGAAUACUCUUGCGAGGUGCGCAACGUUCACGGCACAGCCACGGACGAAUGCAGCCUGCGCGUGCGCGGCGCUCCCAUCUUCACGCAGAAACUCAAAGACACAGUGGCGGCUGAAGGUGCCGCCAAUGUGGAGUUGACUGUCGAUGUGGUGGCGUAUCCUGAGCCUCAAGUUAAAUGGUACCGAGGUGACGUAGAAAUUUCCGAGAAGAAAUCCGUGUACAGCCGCGUAGACAACGGCAGCACGCACAAGCUGAUUCUCAAGGAGGUGACUUCAGAACUCUCGGGGCAGUAUACUUGCAAGGUUUCCAAUGAUCUGGGCGAGGAUUCCUGCCAGGCAACGUUUACUGUGAAGAGGAAACCCCGCAUCACUAAGAGCCUCGUCGACAUGACGGUGGACAAAGGCCAGACCCUGAAACUGGAGGUCGAGGUGGAGGGCUGCCCUGAGCCGACGGUCAAGUGGUACAAGGACGGCAAGGAGAUCACCACUGACGCGAGAAUCAGGAUCGAGAGGGAUACCCAGAGAUUGGAAAACUACAAUCUGACAGUGACUCUAGUGAAAGAAGAAGACGGCGGCGAGUAUGAAGUGAGGGCAGAGAACGAGAUGGGCGACGUAUCGUCCAAGAGCACAGUCACUAUACACACAAAAUUAAUACACACGAGACUAUCAAAGGAAAUUAUCGAAAAUGAAUUAGAAGAAGAAACGAAAAAACCUCUCUUGGAAGAAGAUGUGGCUGAAAAACAGGCGGCCAUAAAAGAUAAAACAAAAGCAGAAACGGCUGAGGAGAAAUCAUUCUGGGAUGAAGAUGAUGGUGCUAAAGCUAAAAAACCAGGAGCUAAAGAAGUCGAUGAUGCUAAACCAGAGAAAGCUAAGAAAUCGGUAACGGAACCUGAAGUUGCUGAGGAGAAAUCUUUCUGGGAUGAGGAUGAUGGUGCUAAAGCUAAAAAACCAGGUGCUAAGGAAGUCGAUGAUUCAAAACCAGAGAAAGCUAAGAAAUCAGCAACAGAACCCGAAGUUGCCGAGGAGAAAUCAUUCUGGGAUGAGGAUGAUGGUGCUAAAGCUAAAAAACCAGGUGCUAAAGAAGUCGAUGAUUCAAAACCAGAAAAAGCUAAGAAAUCAGCAACAGAACCCGAAGUUGCUGAGGAGAAAUCCUUCUGGGAUGAGGAUGAUGGUGCUAAAGCUAAAAAACCAGGUGCUAAGGAAGUCGAUGAUUCAAAACCAGAGAAAGCUAAGAAAUCAGCAACAGAACCCGAAGUUGCCGAGGAGAAAUCAUUCUGGGAUGAGGAUGAUGGUGCUAAAGCUAAAAAAUCCAAAGCUAAAGAACUCGAUGAUUCGAAACCAGAGAAAGCUAAAAAAUCGGUAACGGAACCUGAAGUUGCCGAGGAAAAAUCAUUCUGGGAUGAAAACCACAAUGAAAAAGAAAAACAGCCGAUCAUUGAAGAGGUGGAAGAGAGCCAAGUUGGUAAGAAAGAAGUCACCAAGCCUGAAAUCAUAGAAGAAAUCCCCGUGGAAGAAGAAUUUGUGACUCCCAAAAAAGCUAGAAAGGAAUCCGCUCAAGAACCUUUGAGUGCAGAAAGUGAAGGCCGCGUGUUCGAAACAGUAACAACCUUCAAGAGUAGCGAUGAUGGCAGUAUAAUUAUGUCUAAAGUCAGUAGCACCAGGUCUCACGGCGCGAUCAUUACAGGUCCAGCCGAAACUCGAACGUUACACAAAAUGACAUCCAGCGCAGUAUAUUACGAUGAUGACGACUUUAGCAGAAGGAUUAUACCCCCUAACAAACCACAUAAGACAUCUUUAGAAGUAGAAGAGAUUGCUAGUCACAGUUACUUUUUAACUGAACUUGGGCAGUUCACAAUUCCGGAUCAUGUACGUAGAGGCGUUUACGGUAUCAUUGAGGAACCAGCAACAGAUUCAGAAUGUGAGAAUAGCUCCGUUAGAGGCAGACAUCAAUCCAAUCGGACCAUGUCUAUUAGAUCUGUCUCAGAAGAUGAUACUAGCUGGCAAAAUGAACCACUGUCUAGAGAAAUCUCCAUUGAAGACCUUUCUAAAUCCAUAUUCGAUAUCGAUGAAACUAGAAAAGUUUUCAGCAAAGAUUCAUACGUACGCCAAUCAUCGUUCCAAGAAGAUUAUUUCGCUGAUGAUGGGGAGGAAUCCUUUGUCGUCAAGGAAACUUCACAAAAAGUCUACGAAAAUGACAUAACAGAAAGACUAAUUAAUAUUUCGAGAGAGUUUGAUGACGAAUGUAGAAACAUUGAAAAUAAAAUUGAAGAUGUCAAAAGUAGGAUAAUGGAGGAACUAGUUCUUGCGCCCUUGAAGAACUUAGAUAACUUAACGAAAAAUGUAACAGAAACUAGUUUUGAACGGAAGAAAAAGCAUGUUCCAAAUCUUCACGCCGUAGAAGAGGAAGACGACGAACUAGAAGCGCUUUUGAGACGUAGUCAACGGCAAAGGAGUAUACUAGAUGAUAUACUUAAUCAGGAAGAUGAAAAAGCACCCCCCAUAGUCAAAGAUAGCAACUUCAAAGACCAGAGCGUGUACGAGUCUCUCCCUCUAAGCUAUUCAGUCACGGCCACUGGAGUACCCAAACCUACUGUGCGCUGGCUCCACGACGGCAAAGAAGUGAAGCCCUGCAAGCGAGUCCACAUCUCCAACGAAGGGGACGUCUACAAACUAGAGAUUGACAAUCUACUCAUGUCUGAUGGUGGCAAAUGGCAAUGUGAGAUUAGCAACGACGUUGGCAAGAAGGUGCUGAAGGCUGAAUUAUCUGUUGCUUCUGUCAGCGAAUUCCGCAAGCCGAUCUUCACCACGCCCCUCGAAGCCCAGCGUGUGAUGCAACGCGAACCAGUCACUAUGAAGGCUGUCUGCACAGCUGAUCCACAACCUCAUGUGUCCUGGCUGUUGAACGGCGUGGAACUUACCCCUGAUGCUACAGUGGUUACGACCGCUGAUGCGAAGGAAACCGAGCAUGGGCUGAAGGAGUGCACGUUCACUCUUUCUAUACCCACUGGUCGCCACUCCGACACCGGCGUCUACACCAUCCAAGCUAAAAACCAGUACGGCGUUGGUGAGAGCUCAGCGCGUUUGGACAUCUUGCUGCGUCCUGAGAUCGAAGGUUUUAAGGACAUAACCACUACGCCUUUCGAGCAGAUCACAUUCGUCGCUUGCAUCCAUGCCAACCCUAUUGCUGAGGUUAAAUGGAGCAAAGAUGGUGUCGUAAUCCUGCCAUCCGUAAAGAACAUCGAUAUCGUUGAAGAUCGUUUCACCGAAAACUUCCAGCUUACCAUCAAGAAGGUUGGAGUGGCCGAUGGCGGUAAAUAUACGUUGACUGCUACCAACGAGAUCGGAGAGACAGCCGCACACGCUACACUUACUGUACACACCGGAGAGCCCGUCUUCACCAAGCCCCUCCAAAAACAAACAGUCAAAGACCACGAAACCGUAACCCUCAAGGUGCGCUGCGACGGCGUGCCCAAGCCCGAAGUCCACUGGUUUAAAGACGGCCAGGAGAUCAAGAAUGAUGAGAGGCAUAAGAUCACCACGGAGGUUGGGGGGCAAGUGGAUAGCGAGCUGGAGAUUAAGGACUUUGAUUCUAGUGAUUCUGGAAAAUACAAAGUCCGCGCCGUAAGUUUGGCGGGGGAAGCGUUCUGCGAAGCUCCCAUCUCCCUCUCGCAGUCUGCGCCCGGGUUCGCACACAGACUGGAAAGACAGAAGGACGUUGAUGAAGGCGAGCCUUUGGAACUCAAAGCCAAGUUAGAUGGCAGCCCCAUUCCUACAGCCAAAUGGUUCAAAGAUGGCAUUGAGCUAUCUCCCUCCGACUCCCGCAUUAAGCAAGUCGCCUUACCCGACGGCACGGUCAAACUGACCAUCGACCAGGUGACCCCAUCAGACUGCGGAGCCUACAAACUAGUAAUCUCCAACCCUAAUGGCGACGACUCUGCACUGUGUGCUGUCGCUGUUAAUCCGACGCCCCGCAAGCCCUCAUUCAGCAAGGAGCUGGAAGACGUGAAGGCAGUAGCCGGGCAGCCCUUGAAACUGGAGGCACGCGUCAUGGCCUUCCCUGCACCCGAAGUUAAAUGGUUCAAGGAUGGUCACCCGAUCCGUCCAUCUCAAGCGAUCAACUUCAUCAACCAGCCAGGUGGCGUAAUCGGAUUGGUCGUGGACAGCUGCAAGCCUGAAGAUGCUGGAGUAUACAGCCUCACUGUCACCAAUAAGCUUGGAGACAUCAGUUCCAAGGCCAAAGUUGAGGUUGCACAAAAGGAGAAGAAGCCAGCGUUCAUUGCGGAGUUGCAACCGGCAAAGGUUAUCGAAGGCUUCCCUGUGAGAAUGGAAGUGAAAGUGCUGGGACAUCCUCCACCAACCAUCAAAUGGACCCACAACGGGAAAGAGAUCGUCCCAGACGGCACCCACAUUAAAAUCGUGUCCCAGCCGGAUGGCACCCACGCCCUGUUGAUCGACAAGGCUACCGCGGAAGAUGGCGGUGACUAUGGUGUCAUCGCUGUCAAUGAUCAGGGCGAAUCUGCCAGCAACGCGAAACUUACUGUUGCCAGCCGUCAAGACGACUCGUCCCCACAAGAGCGUCCGCAGUUCAUACACGGUCUGCGCGACGUGACCGCCGAGGAGGGCCAGCCCUUCAGCAUCAGCGCGCCCUUCGUUGGCAACCCUAUCCCUGAAGUCACCUGGAUGAAAGAUGGUGUUCCUUUGAAGCCUAGUGAGAAGAUUCAGCUCACUUGUGAUGGAAAACGAGUCGGUCUAGAGAUCUCAUCCAUGGAACUCCCCGACGCCGGCGUAUACUCCGUGAAACUCGUCAACCCCCUGGGCGAGGACACCACGCAAGGCAAGAUUGAUGUCCGCAAGGUCUACCAGCCUCCUAGGUUCUCGCAGAAGUUCACAGACUUGCAGCAGCUCCCAACCUUCGACGCGAAAUUCCCAGCGCGCGUGACAGGCGUUCCAGCCCCCGAAAUCACCUGGUACAAGAACGGAUCUCCCAUCUACGAGUCCGAGAAAUACCACAUAAAGCGAGACGGUGAUGCAUGCUGUCUCUAUGUGAGGAAUCUGGAGCUGGCUGAUUCAGGGACUUUCAAGUGUGUCGCGAAGAACAGGGAGGGAGAGGCGUCGUGUGAAGCUGCUCUUGAAGUUGUGGAUAAGAUUGGCAAGAGGCAAAAGAUUGAGCCACCAGCGUUCUUAAAGAAGAUUGGUGACUGCGAGGUAUUCCGCGGCAUGGGCGCCAAGUUCACCGCCUGCGCCACGGGCACCCCAGAUCCUGACGUCGAAUGGUUCCGUAAUGAUGAAAAGCUGUUCCCUUGCGAGCGCAUCCGUAUGGACAAGGAAACCACCGGCCUACUCCGUCUGACCAUCAGUGGUAUCGACCCCAGCGACGUGGGCACUUACAAGUGUCGUAUUUUCAACCCUCAUGGAGAGGACUCUUGUACCGCCCAGCUCUCUUAUGACACCUUGGAGCCUCGUCAGAGCAAGAAGCCCAUCUCCGACCAGUACUCAGACUUCGACAAGAUGAAGAAGACUGGCGUGCCCAUGCCGCUGGCCGACAAGCCGAUCAUCUCUCGUAUGACUGACCGAAGACUGACGUUAUCGUGGAAGCCUUCCAUCCCGCACGGACCACGGUUCCCUGUCACCUACCAGGUGGAAAUGUGCGAGCAGCCGGACGGCGACUGGUUCACCGCUCGCACCGGCCUCCGCUCCUGCGUCUGCGACAUCAGCAACCUCGAGCCCUUCCGCGACUACAAGUUCCGGAUCCGGGUCGAGAACAAAUAUGGCGUCUCUGACCCCUCACCCUACGCUAUCACCCAUCGCGCUAAACUUGAACCUGACCCACCUAAGUUCAUUCCUUAUCUUGAACCUGGCAUUGACUUCAGACCAGAAACUUCUCCAUACUUCCCUAAGGACUUUGAUAUUGAAAGACCGCCGCAUGACGGCUACGCUCAAGCACCAAGGUUCCUUAGACAAGAACAUGAUUGCCAGUAUGGUGUGAAGGGACAUAAUGUUAAUCUGUUCUGGUUCGUGUAUGGGUACCCGAAGCCGACGAUGACGUAUUACUUCAAUGAUGAGCCGAUUGAGAUUGGAGGACGGUUCGAUUGGAGCUACACGAGGAAUGGGCAGGCUACAUUGUUUAUCAACAAGAUGCUGGAACGCGACGAGGGCUAUUACGAAGCCGUAGCCACCAACGAGCACGGCCAAACCCGCCAGCGAGUCCGUCUCCAACUGGCCGAGUACCCCACCUUCAUCAAACGCCCUGAAGAGACCGUUGCACUGCAACGCCGCAGCGCCAGGAUCGAAGCUAGGGUCACUGGAGUACCUUACCCUGACAUCAAGUGGUAUAAGGACUGGCAGCCGCUCGCAGAAAGCUCUAGGAUCAAGAUGAAAUUCAUCGAGCCUGACACCACGAUCCUGGUGAUCAACGACGUGAUCCUCAAGGACGAGGGUCUGUACUCCAUAUCUGCGCGCAACGUGGCCGGCUCCGUCAGCUCGUCCGCCAUGCUGUAUGUUGAAGAGGAGGAGCAUGAAUAUUCUAACAGGAUUCGCGAGCACCCGCCCCGAAUCAAGCCGUCGACCAAACCGUUCGGAGACUUCUACGACCUUGGUGACGAGCUGGGUCGCGGCGUACAAGGCGUCGUUUACCAUGCCGCUGAGAGACUCACUGGUCGCAACUACGCCGCCAAGAUCAUGCACGGCCACUCCGCCCUGAAGCCGUUCAUGAAGAAUGAGCUCGACAUCAUGAACCAGCUCAAUGAUAACCACCUCAUCCGUCUACAUGAUGCUUAUGAGCAUGACCACACACUGGCGCUGGUGACGGAGCUGGCUGGCGGUGGCGAACUUGUUAGAGACAGACUGCUCCGCAGCACCGGUUACACGGAGAGCGACAUCGCCGGCUACAUCAGGCAGCUGCUCAGAGGACUCAAGUAUAUGCACGACAACAGCAUCGCUCAUUUGGGUCUUACGAUUGGAGAGCUACUUCUGUCUCACGUUGGUUCCGAUCAGCUGAAGAUCUGCGACUUCGGCCUCUCGCGUAAAAUCCUGUUCAACAAGCUGGCUUCGCUGGAUUACGGCUUCCCUGAAUACGUUGCACCUGAGAUCGCCAACGGCGAAGGCGUCUCAUACAACGCCGAUAUGUGGAGCACAGGCAUCAUCACCUACAUUCUGCUGAGUGGCCACUCUCCCUUCAGAGGAAUCAACGACCGUGAAACCCUCACCAGGAUUCGUGACGGGAAGUGGGACUGGCACGACGAGGAAUGGUGGUCGAGACUCAGCUCGGAAUGCCGAGACUUCAUCUCAAAGCUGCUGGUAUACCGCUGGGAGGACAGGAUGGACGUGAAUGCCGCCCUGAAUCACCCCUGGCUGACCGGAGCAGACAGGAUCCGAUCGGACGAAUACAUCAUCAGCACGGAUCGGUUGAGAAACUACUACAACUUGUACAGGGACUGGACAAGCAACGCUCAUUGCCGCAACUGGUUCAGACGUAGACCACUGAGUGGCGCCUUCGAACACCCAUCCAAGAUGGUCUACCCGCCCGGAGAGAUCUACACUCCUGAAGGCACGCCGGACCGCACGUCGCGCGACCGCGGCGGCAGCCCGUGGGACCUCAAGUUCAAGCAGUGGGAACAUCCCGACUGGGAGGUCACCGCCACUUCCGAGAGCCACUACCAGAAUGGGCCAGACACGUACCUGCUACAGCUGCGUGACGUCAGCUUCCCAGUGCGUCUACGCGAGUACAUGAAGGUCGCCUGCAACCGCUCGGUUGCGUACAAUCUCAGUGUCAACGACUCUUACGAUCCCAGGACGCCCAUCAUCCGUGAGCGCCGUCGCUUCACGGACAUCAUGGACGAGGAGAUAGACGACGAAUGCCGGGAGCGCAUCAACAACUACGGCACCGAGUCCUACACCAUCCGACGACUCCGACACGAGCUCGGCACGAGACUGGACAGCUAUGCGGAGGCCCAGGCCUUCAUGGAGUCCAAGAAGGACGGACAACUGCCGUUCUUUAGGGAGAAGCCUCAAAUCUUACCUAUCAGGGAUGGAGAACCCGCUCAGUUCUCGUGCUUCGCAGUCGGUGAUCCGAAGCCAAGCGUCCAAUGGUUCAAGAACGACAUGGUCAUCGCCGAAGGCAACCGCAUCAAGAUAGAGCAAGACGAAGAGGGACGCUCCACCAUCAAGUUCGAACCCGCCAUGCACCAUGAUAUCGGCUUCUACAAGGUUGUCGCUAGGAAUAAGGUUGGACAGACAGUCGCUAGGACAAGGAUCGUUGAAGCGACAACGCCAGAUGCCCCUGACAGUCCUACAGCAGCUGACGUUUCUGAUACCGAAGUUCUACUCCGAUGGAAGCAGCCUAAAUACGACGGAAACUCUCCAGUCAUUUGUUACGAAUUACAGUACAAAGAGGGCGACAGCAUUGAAUGGCGUGACGUAGCUUCCAACAUAGACCACGAAUUCUACGUCCUCAGAGACCUUAAACCGGACACCAGCUACCAAUUCCGUUUGUCAUCUAAAAAUAGAAUCGGCUGGAGCGACAAGGGAAUUCCGACCAACUUAGUCAAGACAAUGGAAGCUGGCGCGCCUAAAAUCGAAGUCACAAAAGCCAUGAGGCAUUUACAGCAGAUCACAGAGUCCGGACAAGAAGUUGUUCUAGAUGAAGAUAGGCCAAAGCUCAGUUACGAUACUGAGGAGAAUCCUAUCGAAUGGGAAUCCUCUGAUACCUUCACUGAACGCUACAGCUUCAUAUCUGAACUCUGGCGAGGAAAGUUCUCAAUCGUAGUCAAAGGCGUCGACAAACGCAACGACAGCGUAGUAGUCGCCAAAAUUCUAGAAUACAAACCAGAAACAGAGGUCCUAAUUAAGAGGGAAUUCGAAUGUCUAAGACGAUUAAGGCACGAAAGAAUAUCGAACCUUUUAGCCGCUUACCAAGCGCCUGGUUCGCCUGUAGCAGCUUUUAUUAUGGAGAAACUCCAAGGCGCUGAUAUCCUCACCUACUUAUCCAGUAGACACGAUUAUUCUGAACAGAUGGUUGCGACUAUAGUGACUCAGAUUCUCGACGGUCUUCAGUACUUGCACUGGAGGGGAUAUUGCCACUUGGACCUGCAGCCGGAUAACGUAGUCAUGGCGUCAGUCAGAUCCAUCCAGGUGAAAUUGAUCGAUUUUGGCUCAGCGCAUAAAGUUACGAAGCUUGGCACAAGCGUGCCGCAGGUCGGAGAUUUGGAUUACAAAGCACCUGAGAUCGUCACGGAUGAACCAGCGUACCCACAGACAGACAUCUGGUCUCUGGGUGUCCUCACAUACAUCAUGCUGUCCGGAGUCUCACCAUUCCGAGGGGUUGACGACGCGGAGACCAAACAGAACAUCGCCUUCGUGCGGUAUCGGUUUGAGCACCUAUACAAGGAGAUCACACAGGAGGCGACCAGGUUCCUGAUGUUCCUCUUCAAGAAGGUCCCACUAAAGCGACCCACGGCCGAAGAAUGCCACGAACACCGUUGGUUAACGCAGUCAGACUUCAUGAACAAGAAGCGCGAGAGAGCAGUGUUCUUAGGCAACAGGCUAAAGGAAUUUUCCGACCAAUACCACGAGAGGAAGGCCGCCGAAGCAGCUCAAGUGGACAUGUCUGCGACCGUGUCUUCGGCCUUCGGACAGGCGCGGCGGCUAAUGCGAUCCAACAGCAUCCAAGAAGAGUUGCAGACCAACUUCCAGAGCCACUAGGCCCACUAGGGCAUCAACUUAAGUCUGUACUGUUAAGGCUAGCGGUCGAAGGAAAACUUUAGUUUAGCACGACUUGACGCGAGUCGCGGGACUUCAUAUAUCAAGUCACAUGAUGUAAGAAGUUGCAUGACUUAUAGCGAGAUAUAGGAUAUACUAAAGCCGAAAAAAUUAUCUUUUAAUGCUUUAUGCGUUAGCCUUAACAGUACAAGGUUAUACGCAGGUUUAGGAACAACAUCAAAUCAAAUACUUAUGUAUGGUAUAUACCUUUACUUUAGGUAUAAAUCUAGAAAACAAGCGUUUGUUGUUGUUUUUCAGCCUCUGUGUAUUAAUUUUAUACUAUUUCAUGCCGAGAUGAAUACCCCAAAAUAUAACACCAUAGGCUGAAACGGUAAACUCAUACUCGGAGUACGAAUAAAAUUUGACAUAACCAAUUCGGACUUUUCUAAUCAGGGUUGCCAGAAAGGGGUUCAGUGAUAUUUCCAAGUGUCAUUCAUCAUCAUCAUCAUCAAAGUCUAGUCAUGAAGGAGUUUUGUUACGACAGUUUUGUUACUUUGUUAAGCUAUUUAUUGUAUACAAUUUUUACUAUUUAUUAUAUUUAAAUUUAUACUAAUUCGUAUGGUGCUCCAGUAUUAAUGUGAUUAAUAAAGAGCAUUCAUUUGC